AGGUAUGGACGACCCGAGCCCGCCGCUAAUCAACAUCAAAGAGGCUCUCAAGGAUGAGAAGAGGAUCAAGUAUCACAAUGACUAUCUCACCAACUUGCUGGCCUCCAUCAAAGAAGACGGAUGCAACGUGAAAGGGUACUUCGUGUGGUCUCUGUUGGAUAACUGGGAGUGGGUGGCCGGAUACACUUCGAGGUUCGGCCUUUACUUUGUGGAUUACAAUGACAAGCUAAAGAGGUACCCCAAAGACUCUGUUCAGUGGUUCAAGAACUUCCUAAAGUCUACUUAA